AUGCUGCAGGUAGAACCUCGAAAGUAUAGCAUAUAUAAAGAGGCAGCUGUUGACGCCAUUACAGCGGCCCUGGAUGAAAGCGUAAAGGAUGAGAGUGUGCGAGAGAAGUGUUGCAGAGCCCUCCUUAUCUUGGGAGGGCGCCUAUCUCUUUCGGGAGAAUUGGUGACUGAGAUCUGGAUCCUGAAGCAAGCUGGGUUUAAUGAAUAUGGUUGUGAAGUAAAUUCUCUGAACAAUGAAGAAAACGAUAUACUGGUGCAUGAUUCUAUCGACUUGGAUGAUGAAGAAGAUGCCAUUGAAGAGUGGUUGAGAAACCUGUCAGCAUCACUGCUCGGAAAUGGAAAAAAGUCAUUUCUAGAGACUAUUUCCAAGAGUUUAGGCUCUGGAAACUUGAAUUUGAUCAAGGUAUGCCUUGUUACUGUGGCAUGGUUAAGCAAUGCACUUUCUUUGCAAUCGGAUACCGAAUUCCAGCUCUCUGCCUUCUCAGCCCUAAUCUCUCAGCUGAAAGAAAUCCUUGAACAUGGUGAACAACUUCAGCUCAAGGUCCUUGCUUCAAUGUCUUUGCUCAAUUUCAGCAGAAUCCCAGAAUGCAGGGUCCUAAUGAUGACAAUUGCGGAAGAGAUCAACGUUCCUUUACGAAGUCUAGCUGAAGAAACAUGGACAGCCAAACAGCUAUACGCCAUCAUUUCCCGGGAAGAUCAGUAAUCUAAGAAAAAAGUAACAAUUCUCUCCUUCAACAAUUUGCAACUCUGCAUUCAUAAACUAUUUCUUCUGGUUAACUGCCAUCAACUUCCAGGGUCUCUAGCAGCAUAAAUCAAUGGCCUCGUAAGGUCAUCACUCCAGCAUCAGAUUCCUGUAUAUUUUUCCUGAGCUGCACACUGUAGCCAUAGGACUCAAGAACAUCACCAUGUUAGGUGUUUUACAGCUUCAAAAUUUUGCAUGGUUGCAAAUGUUCAAAGGCUUCUUGACUUGGAUAGCAAGUCACAUUGUAUAAAGAAAUCUGUAUAUAUAAUUUGUUUGUAGUUAUGGAGACCAUUUUUGA